AUGCUGAAAAAACUAUUUGGACGAAGAGAUGGGGCCGAAGAGGAUGGAACAAAGCCUAUAAAGGCAAAUUUGGGCGAAGAAAAUAAAUUUUACUAUAAUAAGGAACUAAAAAGUUGGGUAGUGAAGGGGGAAGAACACUUAAUAGAGAACAAAAUGAAGUCCCCUCCUCCUCCUCCCAAACGUCCUACUACAACUGAGAUUAUGACUGAAAGAAAAAAAGACAUAGAUGCAAUAUACAACAAUAAGGCUGUAAACACAAAGAAAAAUUUAUAUGUACAAACUCCUGGAUUGAAUAUAGCUAAGAAGACUUCUUCUGCUAAUCUCUAUAAUGUAAUUCCUAAUUCAGGACUUCAUGCAAGCUAUAUACCAAAUGAAAAAGGUAACAAUACGGGAGUUAACCAAUAUGGACUAAUUCAAAUUAAAAAUACAGAUAUUAAUAAUUUAUCUGAAGAGAACCCUGUUAGUAAUGAUUUUAGAUUCAAUCAAAAUACUGAAUUAGCUAAACACAAUACAGAGAUCAAUGGUCAUGAACAAGAUACUUUAAAUAUUCAAGGUUCUUUAAGCCAUAAAUCUCCAAAUAUGAAGUGCAUUGACAAGAGACAAGACGACUUAAAUAAUAAGCACUACUUUCAAGGUAGCCAUAUUUUAAAUGAGGAGCAAAGUCGUCUAAUGAAGACUUAUCCCGAUAUUGAUGCAAAUAAGCCUAAAAAUAUUACUGGUUAUAUGGCCAAUACUAAUAAGACAAGCGAUAAACUGUCAAGUAGUAUUUUACUUCCUAUAGGUAACCCUUCAUCUAAUAUUCAAACACCUAUUCAAACGUUUUCAAAUAUACCUCCAUCUGUAAAUCAAAAUAUGAACUCCUCUCCAAUGAUUAUACCUUCUAGUCCCAACAAGUCCACUUCACUUAAUGGACAGCUUACUCCGAAUAUUUUGAUAAGAAAUUCACCCUCUACUUCCCAAAACUUUAAACUAAAUACUAUCAACGAUUUACCUGCAAAAUAUAUCAACUCUCCAACUAAUCAGCUCUCAACCCAUUCAUCUAUAAAUCCACCAACUUAUUCAUCAAUUUGUUCACUAACAUCUCAUACUAUUUCAUCAAAUGUUAUUAAUGUUCCUACUUAUACUGGAUAUAACUAUAUAGAAAAUGGGCAUGCACCAAAUAUAAUUAGCCGAUUAGGGAAACUAGAGAACACACUGACAGAAUCGUCAAUAAAUACAUCAUUUAUGCAAUCUUCUAUGGAGAAUAAUAAUUUUUCAGAUGGUCAACAAAAUAUUAGGAAAGAUAUUAAAUUUCAACAGCUGAAAUCUCCUAAGGAUGAAGAUAGUAUAAAAAAUAUUAAUGUAGAUAUUGGAUCUCAAAUGGAAUCUCCAGCUGAAAAUUCAAUAAAACAAAAUGAUUUAGAGGAUAUUGAUAAGGAAAAAGUUGUACAAGAAGACCAAGUAUUAGAAUCUAUCCAAAAGGUUUCUAGUGAACUAGUACACAACAAAUUUGAUUCAACUAUCAGUAAUUCAGAGAGCGAUAUGGAAUUUUUGUCGUGUGCUAGAGUACUACGUCAAAGGCAAAGAGUAGCUGACAAUUUUUUCACUAUUAAUGGAGAUGUAAAUGAUGAAGUAGGAAGUAAUCAUAAGGAAGAUGCUGAGUUUAAGAUUAAUUCAGUAGAUCAUGACAUAUUAGAUUUGCUGUCAAUAUUUGGAUUGAGAAUUACUGAGGAAUACGAGGUAAUUGAUAUGGAAACAAAUAAAAUUAGAGAUGAUCAUAUACAGGAAUUAAACGAAUCAUUAGAUAAUUCAGACUCAAAUAUAAACCUAAACAAUACUUCCACUAGCUAUGGUGAUUCGAUAACUUUGGAAGAACUAUGUAAAAAUAUUAAACAUGAAAAAUUAGAACAAAUAAGUUAUUUCCUAAAUUUAAUAUACAACAAUAUCCAAGAAAAAUUUAUACAAUAUGAUUCAGCUACUGAUACUAUAAGUGGUAUUGGUAAUUUAACUAAUGAAGUUUUUUCAGAUAUUUCGAUUAGAAUGAAUACAAUCUUAACAAAUUGUGAUAUAAUUGAGAGAGAGUAUGUUAACACUAGGAAGAUGUAUGAAGCAUUAUCUAAGAAAUAUAACAAUAUAUAUAAACAAUAUGAAACUGAUAUAUUAGAUCUACGAAGAGAACUGGAGACUGAAAAAAGCCUUCAUAUUACAAUCACACAAGAAUAUGAAGAAGCUUUGCAAAAGUUACAAAACGAGUUUGUAGUAAGAGAGACCUCUAGUAAUGAAUUACUACAACAAUAUUAUAGUCAUAUUCAACAUUUGCAUCAACAGCUUGAGAUCUUACAGAAAGAACUUUUGGAGGGAAGAUCUCUUUUUGACCAAAAAAGUAAUGAAACUGAGCUUCUGAAGACAGAGUUGAACAAUAAGAAUGAUGAAUUAGAUAAGAUAUAUAGAGAACUUGAACAUUCAAGACAAGAACUAGCUAAUGCUAAUGAUAAUUUCAAUAAUUCUAAUCAGGAGAUGAGUCAAUUAAAAUUGGAUGUAGAGAAUUUAAGUGGGGAAAUUGAGAAGUUGAACAAGCAACUAAUAUAUUGUGAAGAUGAAAAGAAAGAACUAUUAUCUGAAUCUAAAGAUUUGCAAGAGGUACUAAAAAAACAGAUUGAGGUACUAAGCAAUGAGCUACAAGAAUCUAAUAAUUUAAGGGAAUCACUUGAAAACUCCAUUAAGUUUCUUAAGGAAGAGAGUGCUGGUAUUAACAUGGAAUUAAAUAACAAAUAUCAGGGACAAAUAGCAUUUAUGGAGAAGUACAAUGAGGAACUAGAGCAGCAAACAGUAUUGCUCCAAGAAGACAUAGACCACUUACGAAAUAAACUAUUAUCAAGUGAAAGCAGCUUUAAGAAAAUACAAGAUGAUAAGGCUGAUCUUCAGAGUCGUUCUGAUCAAAUGACAGAUUAUAUUAAUCAAUUGCAGGAAAGUGUGACUUCAUUAAGAAGUCAAAUAGAUACUUUAAGUGGUCAAUUAACAAAUUCAAUUGAAGAGAAAAAUAAGACACUCGCAUUGUAUGAAAGUACAAAGCACUUCCUUGCGGAUGUAGAGAAGGAAAAUGACGAAUAUAAAAACAAGUUUCAUGAAUUAACUAUUGAAAAUGAAGCUAGAAAUAAUACUAUUAAUCAAUUGGAGCAUAAAUUGAAUGAAGUUAUGGGUGAAAAGUGUAAUUUGGAGACAAAUAUGAAGCAAAUCUUAGAGAGGGAAACAUUGAAUGAACAAAUUAAUAAACAACUAGAGGAAUAUAGAGAAUCUAAAAAAUCUUUACAAAAUAAUAAUAAAAUUCUUUUUGAGCAAAAUAAGCAAUUGAAAGAGGAUUACCAAAUAUUAACUAAUGAACAUCGACAUUUAAUUCAAUUAAAAGAUGAUCAUAUUAGGGAAGUUUCUGAGCUGAAUAACCAAAUAGAGAGAGAAAAGGAAAGCAGAGAAACUUUAGAGGAUGAAUUAGUGAAGAAUAAGCAACAUACUGAAUGGCUCCAAAGCGAAUUACAUAGAUUAGAUACUGAAUGGCGUGAUAGACAAUCUAUACUAGAAACAAAUUAUGAGACUUUGUAUACCCAACUUAUAGAAACUAAUUAUAAACUAAAAUCUAAAGAAGAAGAGUUACAACAAAGUAUUCAAGAAUUAGAUCGAAUUAUGAAGGAAAAACAAGUUGAUAAUGAUUUUUGUAAAGAAGAUAUGAGCUUACUGAGGAGUGAAAAUAAUAAAAUCAAAGAAGUUAAUGAAGCUUUAUAUACUAAACUAGAGGCAUUUUCUAAAGAUAUUGAUUUUUUAAAUAAUCAACUAGAAUGGAUUAGAAGAUAUUCCCCUCAAGUAUAUGAAAGUAUGAUACAAUAUACAGAUAUUAAACAAGAUAACAAAAUAUUUAAUGAUUCUCCUUAA